GCCCCUCCCGCGCCCGCCGUCGGCGUUCGCCGGGUCCCGCUCGGUGUCUGGCGGCGGCGGCUGAGGGAGCCCCGCCGCGACCCGCGGCCGCUCCGCGCCGGGAGGAGCCGCCCGCAGCGUGGGGGCCGCCCCCGCCCGGGGCUGCCCAGCCCCCGCCCUCGGGGCGCAGGAGAUUCAGUUUUAGAAUCGUGUGGAGGCUGUUACCACUUGCCUUAGAAUAUUCGAACUAGACACCAGGGACCAGUUCUCUCUUCAGGUUAGUUCGAGAUGGCAGACCAGAGGCAACGUUCCCUCUCUACCUCUGGAGAAUCAUUAUACCACGUGCUGGGGUUGGACAAGAAUGCCACUUCAGAUGAUAUCAAAAAGUCAUACAGGAAACUUGCUUUGAAAUAUCAUCCUGAUAAAAACCCUGAUAAUCCAGAGGCAGCAGAAAAAUUCAAAGAGAUCAAUAAUGCACACGCAAUAUUGACCGAUGCCACAAAGCGAAACAUCUAUGAUAAGUAUGGUUCUCUGGGUCUGUAUGUAGCAGAACAGUUCGGUGAAGAAAAUGUGAACACAUACUUCGUGCUAUCCAGCUGGUGGGCAAAGGCCUUGUUUGUGUUCUGUGGGCUCAUCACAGGCUGCUAUUGCUGUUGCUGUCUGUGCUGCUGCUGUAAUUGUUGCUGUGGGAAGUGUAAACCCAAACCUCCUGAAGGUGAAGAGCAGGAAUACUACGUCUCUCCAGAGGACUUGGAGGCACAGUUGCAGUCAGAUGAAAGGGAGGCCUCAGACGCACCUAUUGUGAUACAGCCAGCAUCAGCCACGGAGACGACCCAGCUCACAGCUGACUCUCACCCCAGCUACCACACUGAUGGAUUUAAUUAAGUUAAGGAAUCACUGUAAUUAGAAUGGAUAAAAAAAAAUUACAUGGCCAACUCAACACUAGAAUCAUGAACAUUAGAAGUAGGGAAUGGGGAGGGGGAAUAAUUCUGCCACAGUAAGACGGCAGCUUUCCAACCUGCCGAAAAUAUUUUGUAAUCCCUUCAGCCUUUUGUCACCUUUCAGUGUCGUAUCUUGACGAUACGUGAAGUGCUGUAGCAUGCAGUAUUUAAAGCAGUUUAGCUACGGUCUUAUUUGUUUCCUUUCUUUUUUUUGUUCCCUUUUUUUUUUAUAGCAUGUAUGGAGUUAUGUUAAAUGUCUGUGGUGUAAUGUAUUGAGUUGUCACAAUAUAAGUGUGAUGGAGACAUUCUGCAUUCUAAGCAGUGCUACUGGCCUAAAAAUGAGAUUUAAAAAGAAAAAAUUUCACAGAAGCCACCAUUCUUCUAUACAGCUGAGCUGUUGAAGACCUUUAAAAGUUCAUGAUUUUCAUUUGAGUGCAACAAACCAGUUCUUUUAUUCCUUCUUCUAUUCCUAUGUUAUCUAAGCAAGUUUACAAAGCCAAGAACCAAAAAAUGCCAGUCCUGCAGAGCUGGAGUUCUCUUUAAUGCUGGUGUUCAGCUUAAAUAAAUCUACCUUGAAAAAUAAGAAGGGAGAGUUUCCAAUCUUUGAACAGCAAUUUAUGUGUAAGGCGAUCUUCAGUGACAACAUAACCGCAAACUGUAGUUUGUCACAAAACCAACGGUGAAUGGGUUUGUUCGGUGGUGGCAGUGGGAUUUUAACUUCAAGCAUGAUUCUGUUUUGGUUUGAGUUCAGUCAUUUUCCUGAAUUGCUAAAGACCAAAUAGUGCAGCUUUUUUUUUUGAAUGCAUGAGAAUCUUAAAGUGAAACUGGUUAAUUGGUUUUUCACUGAGCAAGUGAGUAAAACGCAGACAGCAGGCAACAGCGUAAAUGUUUAGAAAAAACUGGGUUUUAAACACUUGUUCUAAUAAUUUGAGAUAGUGAUAGACAAAUGGGGUAUUGUGUGUCCUUUUUUUUUAAAGCUUUUAUAAUACGCUGUCUCUAAUUUUCUCAUGAACGUCUUUGUGGAGUACUUAUGGCUUUUUAAGAACACACCUUUGUGUUUAUAUUGUGUAAUUUGCACAUUGUCUUGCAUUUAGACUUGUUUACACCAAUGUGUUUCUUUUCCUCAGAACAACUAUGAGGAAACCAUUGAAAGGUUUCCUGUACUAUUUUGAAACCAAAUCACAUUCAAUACUGCUCUAGAAAUACAGUUUAUUGCGAUUUAACUGUUAACAAAGCAUUUUAGGCAGCUGCUGAAUUGCUGGUAUAUUUUGUUGUUAAUAAUCUUGCUUUAGAUGACAUGGAAUCAGGAUCUAGAACAGCUACCAGAGAACCUACACUUGGCACUUUUAGCAGUUAAUUACAGCCUCUUUAAUUUUGAUCUUUGUGGUUUUAUAUCACAAUGCCUCUACCGUCCUUUGUAUCCCCCAUCUCCCCUUUUCAUUUUUCACCUAUUUCUGUCGAGAGGCUAUUUACAGCCUUCCACCUGGUGUUUGCUUUGAAGGUCUUUCAUGCUGCUCUGUUACGAGAUCCAGGUGUUACUUUUGAAUGGGGUAAAGCACUGUCGGUCUGCAAGAAAACCAUCAGAAAAUGAAGGUGACUCUCCUGCCAGAGGAUUGUUCUGAAUAUAUUUUCACACUAUGUUUGCAUGAGCUGAAAAUGAUGGAGCGCAUAAAAUCUGACGUGAAUCUGUGUUAAACAUGCUGGGUAGAAGAAAACGUUCUUAACACGGUCUCAAUGCUAAGUGAGGGAUGUUUGCAAAAUCAGGCUUCCCUGUAGCUGUUGGUACAAGCACAUGUUUGUUGCCUGCAUGUGAGCUUGUUGCAAAUAAGCAUGCUUGUGUUACCACAUCAGGUCCCAAAAAUUCAGAAAGAAAUGUUACUCUUAAAUAACUGGCUAGACCUCAGUAGCACGCUUGUUGAGUCAUUUCUUCCACGUUGAUCAUUCUUUUAGACAUGAAACUUGGUGGUACUGGAAGAUACUUUUGUCUGGAAAACUCUCUUGGGUGGUUUUGAGGACAGUCGCGUCUGAUUUGGUUUGAGGUCCUUAUUUAACUAAAGUCUUUGUGUGACCCCUUGGAAUGAAAAGCAAUCUUUAGGCUUAAAAAAAUAACAUCACAUUGGCUGUCCUUACAGACUUUUCCUGAAGCCUGUUCUUGAUGUCAAAUUGCACGCUGGAAUAUACUUGAAUAUCUGCAGGCUUUGUCCCCUAAAACCUCGCUGGUUGCAACUGCCCUUAUCUGUGCAAAUAUAUUCUUGGUUAAAAAAAAUAAAUAGUGCUAGACAUUUGGUAAAUGAGCAUAGUUGAUCAGAGUGACGCAGUAGAACGAGGAAAAGGCUGUUUCCCAUGCACUGUAGUUUGUUAUACUCUGUGGCCCCUUGUUCAUCUAGACGGGCAACACAAAGCCAGUUGUUUCGGUUGUUGCUGCAGCUGUGACCCAGUGACGCUGGGGGCUGGAUGUCGGUGUUAAUUUGGAGUAAUACUCUUGUUUCUUAACACCUCUGGGCUACUUCCACUGAACUAGAAAGUCUGGGAGGAGGUUGUGGCUCUGGGGAGGUGUGUAACGCACCUGGAGUUGCUCCGCAGGCUCCCGAUGGCAGAACCGAAAUGCGGGCAGCAAAUGAGGAUUAGAGGCGAUACCAUUAUCAGUGUUUCCCACUGCUUGGGAGAAGAUGACAUUGAGGAUAAAUUUGCUGUUUUAGCAAGGCAUGGGUUUGAGAGAGACUGCCUUCCUUUCAGCUGUGUCUGUGGGUGGUGUGUGAAUAGUAAAUUAGUCUGUAUGCUGUUAUAUGCCAGAAUGAUGUUGGAUGCUCCAAGGGAGACUACUCUGAGAUCACAGUUACAGGGAAUGACGGGAAAACACGUUUUUAGAUGCAUAUUCAUGGUUUUGGAAACUGUUUUAAGUUUGUCUAUGUUACUCUGUAGUCUCUGGCUUCAAGAUUGUUGAGUAUUAAUGCAGUUGGUGAAGUAUAUAAGAAAGCAGCUUAAACAUUGUUUUUUUAAAACAACUUGUGUAAUUGGAAGGUAAGUAGGUUAAUGCCCACUGUUUUUCUGCUCUUGUAGGUAAGGUACAGGAGUAUCCUGGGCUCUAACACCAGUUGCACUUCGAAAGGCCAUGUUGAAUCCUAGUGAAUGCAAAGUUGUAUUGGAAAUAAUGGUUAAAAAUCUGGUGCAGAAGAUUGCUCAGCAGUUCUGAGCUUGGGCGGAUGGAGCUGCAGUGUCCCCACCAGAGCCGCAGUAGCGUAGUGUUGCAGGCACUGCAGCCCCUUACCUGGCUUACAUGCAGAAUGUUUCCUUCCAGAAUUAAACCUGAGCACUCUUGAUCUCUGUUCAGCGUGUUGCCGGAAUCAAAACUUGAGCUUUGGGUUUUCAUUUUGUGUUUUUUGUUUGCUUGUUUUGAUGGGAUAUUUCGGCUGGGUUUUGGUUUUUUUGUUUUGUUUCUUAAGAGCUGUAUAAUUUUUUACAAGUUGUCCAGGACCUCCAUUUCAGUAGUUCAGCCACCUCCAUCUAGCUCAUCGAACCUCUUCAGCACCAAUUUUCUUAGCACUUGUAGCUCCUCCUGAUGAGGAGAAGUAUCGGGGAGAAUCUGAUCUGGAGAGCUUCCACUGGCUGGUGUUAAGGACCACUGACUUUAUUCCCAAGCUGUGUUGCGUGGAGAACCAUUUGUAGCUUAGGGUGAGCAGGGAAAGCUACUGCCUCGCUCAGAGCGUGCUGAGGUACCAUCCCUCCUGGCCGCGGCCGAGCUGCUGGAGGAGGAGGUGGUGCUGGACCUGUGGUGCCCCAUCCUCCCUGGGGAUGGAAUCCCCAACGCACUGUAGUACAAGGAAUUGUACGCUCCACUUGAAGUGACCGAAGGGGCACCGCACCUGUUAAAUGCCAGUUUCAUUUUGUUAGUGAAGUUUGUAGGAAAUUCUUAAAUAUUUAUCUGUAUAUAAAUUUGUUUAUGUAAACCUCAGUGGUGUCUGAUAGGGUUAGAUUUCUGCUGGUUCCAUGCAGUGAUGUUUUAGAGCCAUGUUACCUUUUUAGUAUUAUUUUUAGAUUUGUAAUAUUUUUAAACUGCUUUAGAUAUUAGUGCUCAUAGUGUACUUAAAACAUGAUGCUCUUCGAGGUUUGGGUGAGCACAGCCUGCAGCCUGAGCAGGAACACCUGCUGAGGAGGAAGGCUUGAGCACGGAACUGAGAAAUACCGAGUCCUGCAGCAGUGCUGUAGUCGGGGGAAUAGAGUUUUCAAAACCCUUCAUGUCAGCCUAUGAACACUACAGGUGUAACCAGGGCAGGAGCCUGACUGAAAAUAUAUUUCUGUCCCAUCUGUGAAGCGGUUGUGUUGUGUGGUGUAGGGGGGCACCAGUGUGCUUUUGGGGGAGGUUCUAUCAGAGCAUUUGUACUGUAUGCGCUCCUUGAGAGAGGUACCUGCUUUUCUCAGCUAGUUUGUGUCCUUCGGUGUUCUUGACAUUUCCAGAUAAUUUAGGAAACGUGUUUGUGCUGCAGGCUUUCCUACCUGAUGUGACUGGAUAUCGGCGUCAUGUUGAACAGGAGACUCUUGCAAGGUGGUCAGGGAGGCUUUUGGAGCCCCCACCUCAUGUUCAUAAUUCUGGAUGCUGUUUAAAUAUGCAUUAAUCUUAGAGCACUGAAAAGUAACUCCCCCCCAGUACAAGUGUUUAUAUUGUAAGGUCGGUAUAAACUUAACAUGCUUAAUUAUUUGAUGCCGCUUCUCUGUAUUAUAGUGGAAAUCAUCUAGUUUGUAGCGUAUCAUUACACCAACAACUGCUUAAAAUAUCUUGAAAGAAAUGUAACUGAUAGCUAAAAAGGUGGCAGGAAAUUUGUCAGUGUUGAAGUCCUGAAAGAACUGUGUGGUCUGCUCCACGUCCUGCGCUGGGAGGCUUAUGUACUAUCUGGGACUCGGCGAGACUGAAAUUCCCAUUUCCUUCCAAGAAGAUGCUUUCUUUACAAGAAGAAACCGCGUGAAGGAAGCCGUCUGUCUGAUGUUUGCACAAGCCAAAUGCCAUAAAUCUGGAAGACAAACCUUCGUUUGGAAAUCAAAUGCCAACAUUACGUGCACAGUUAUUUUUUUCUUGUUAAAAGGCUAGAUGCUGGGAAUUUCUGAUGGUUAUAUAUAUAUGUAUGUAUAUGUAUAGAGGAAGCUCUUAUAUAAAGUGGCCAUUCAUUCUCGA